AUGGACUGCUGCGCUGAUACGGCACUUUCUCUCCUCACGCUCAAGCGCACCCACACUUGGCUUGGGUAUAUAGCCACCGGGGAUGAGAAAUGGAUUUCCUAUUCUAACAUUCACUGGCGUGGUCAAUGGGUUGAGAAAGGUACGGAUGCAGAAGACUUCACUAAACUCAACGCCAAAAAGGUUAUGCUCUGCAUUGGUGGAGCGUACACGGAGUCGAGUACUGGGAGCUGCUCGCUCAGGGAUGUACAGACGUGUGCAGACGUCUACGUUGAGCAACUGAGGAAUUUGAAGACAAAUCUCGAAAAUGCACGCCCGCAGCAGCGCAAAGUCUACUUCCAGCACGACAACGCUCGCCCGCACAUUGCAAGAACGACCAAAGCCAAACUGAUGAAAUUCGAUGACGUUGGAGAUAGGAAAAGAUGGGAUUACCACCUUUUUUCCUGUCUCCAACGUCAUCUGGAUGGUCAAGACUUCCAAACCCGCAACGACAUCAAAAAGGCACUCGAGCAGUUCUUCAAGGAGCAGUCCCCAGCGUUCUGGAGCAAAGGCAUUUACGAUCUGCCUAAACGUUGGCAGAAGACCAUCGAUGCCAAUGGGGCAUACUUCAAAUGA